UUCACACGUCUAUAAAGAAUCACAUGAUUAGUUAGUUUUCACGUGUAUACAUAUCAAUAUCCCACUUAAUGCGCACGUAUAUGUUUCUUGAAAGCUUGUGUUCCUCUGUUCCUUUGUAAAUUUAUGAGUUACAAAUCUUUUUUUUUAAGGAAACCUUGUGUUCCUCUGUUCAAGUUGUUGUAGCCUCCACUGCCAAACUCCCUAGCUUUACCUCGUAAACCUCAAACCUUACUUUGAUACUCACAUUUCCAUUGGUAAUGGUUUCCUCAACCAUUUGAAUAUUAUAGAGCUCAGAUCUUGAAGUGUGGAUAUAUUCUGAACAUGGGUUCUCAGAUUUGGCUGUUGGGGCUGUGCUUUUUGAUGUGUGUGUUCAGUUUCAUUUCUGUGAGCUCAAAGGCUCUGGUUGGAGAUGGGACUGUUUUCAUUGAUGGGAAAGCAGCCAUUGGGAGGAUUGAUGACGAUUUUGUUUGUGCAACAUUGGAUUGGUGGCCCCCUGAGAAAUGUGACUAUGGGACAUGCAGCUGGGGUCAUGCUUCUCUGCUCAAUCUGGAUCUUGGCAACAAUAUCCUAUUAAAUGCAAUAAAAGCUUUUUCACCCUUGAAACUUAGACUGGGUGGCACUUUGCAAGACAAGGUCAUAUAUGAUACUCCUGAUGAUCAGCAACCUUGUGUUCCUUUUGCUAACAAGUCAUCAGAGAUGUUUGGUUUUACUCAGGGUUGCCUACCCAUGAAUAGAUGGGAUGAAUUAAACACCCUCUUCGAAAAAGCUGGGGCUAAGAUUAUAUUUGGGUUAAAUGCUCUCUAUGGACGAUCUAUACAUUCUGAUGGGUCUGCUGUAGGAGCUUGGAACUACACUAAUGCUGAAUCUCUUAUACGCUAUACUGUCGGAAAGAACUUCACUAUCCACGGUUGGGAGCUUGGAAAUGAAUUGAGUGGGAAUGGAGUGGGAACGAGAGUUGCAGCAGAUCAGUAUGCCUUAGACACUGUUGCAUUGCAGCGCAUAGUCCAAAAUAUUUACAAGGAGAUUGAACCCAAGCCGAUAAUAAUUGCACCAGGAGGAUUCUUUGAUGCAAACUGGUUCAAAGAAUUCUUAAAUAAGACAUCGAAAUCUUUGGAUGUUGUCACCCACCACAUAUAUAAUCUGGGGCCAGGAGUUGAUCAGCACCUUGUUGAAAAGAUUCUUGAUCCAUCCUAUCUUGAUGGUGAGGCUAACACAUUUAGGAGCCUCCAUAACAUAGUCAGGAGUUCUGAAACUUCAGCAGUUGCAUGGGUUGGUGAGGCCGGAGGGGCUUACAACAGUGGCCAUAAUCUUGUCACUAAUGCCUUUGUGUUUAGUUUCUGGUAUUUGGAUCAGCUUGGAAUGGCAUCCUCUUAUGACACAAAAACAUAUUGCAGACAGACGUUCAUUGGUGGGAACUAUGGUUUACUCAACACCACUACCUUUGAACCAAAUCCGGACUACUACAGUGCUCUUCUUUGGCACCGAUUAAUGGGAAACAAUGUUCUGUCAACGAGCUUUUCUGGAACAAAGAAAAUACGUGCUUAUGCCCACUGUGCAAAACAUUCUAAGGGAUUCACAUUAUUAUUAAUCAACUUAGACAACAGCACCACUAUUCAGGUCAAAGUAGCCUUCAAUCGUACUUCAAGUUCGCGACAUAAACACAAGUUUCAUAGAAAACAUAUUCGGCUGCCUCAAGGUUAUAAAAGUGAAAAUGAUAGAGAGGAAUACCACCUUACAGCAAAAGAUGGGAAUUUACACAGUCAAACCAUGCUGCUAAAUGGGAAAAUUUUAACUGUAAAUUCAUCUGGGGACAUACCUCCAUUGGAGCCUUUAUAUGCAAAUUCAUCAAGCCCAAUAUCAGUAGCUCCUUUCUCCAUUGUAUUUGCUCACAUACCAAAUGCUGUUCCCCCUGCUUGCAGGUAGGAGGCUAGAUAGAGCUAAAAUUGGUUCGAUCUAAUCUAAUAAGAGACUGAAUACUAAGGCAACGAUUUCAUUCUUUUUCCGUCA